AGGGAGGGUUGGGAUUUUCGGUGCGGUUUCGGAUGACAUGGCAGAAAAAUAAAAUAGCAUAUUCCAUCUCCGUCUCUUUCGUACCCACUCAUACCUCACACACUUGAAACCAAAGCAUCUUAUCGGAGAUCCUAUGCUCCUAACCUUUUCCCCUCUCUCUCUCUCUCUCUCUCUCUCUCUCUAAAAUUAUAUAGAUCCUCUAAACGGGAGAUUCUCUGAAUCGCUUCUCAACCUAAUACUAUUGACAUUUUCUUCCUUCUAAAUUUUCAGUGCUCUUUCACUGUUGAACAAUUUGGCGCCAAAAAUCAUGAAGCUCGACAACUCCAACAACUCCAACGGCCAGAUUUCCGCCGGCGCCGACGACGACGUAUUCGUGCCGCCGCUCAACUUCGCCAUGGUCGAUCAAGGCAUUUUUAGGUCUGGUUUUCCCGACUCUGCCAACUUCAGCUUCUUAAAAUCCCUUCGUCUCCGCACUGUUAUAUGUUUGUGCCCUGAACCGUAUCCAGAAGUGACUUCUGAAUUUCUCAAGGCCAACGGAAUAAAGCUUUAUCAAUUCGGGAUCGAUGGAUGUAAGGAACCCUUUGUCAACAUCCCAGAUGACACAGUUCGUGAAGCUUUGAAAGUAGUCCUCGAUGUCAGGAACCACCCAGUACUAAUUCAUUGUAAACGAGGGAAGCAUCGCACUGGUUGCCUUGUGGGAUGCAUCAGAAGAUUGCAGAAAUGGUGCCUAUCUUCUGUAUUUGAUGAGUACCAAAGGUUUGCAGGCGCCAAGGCCAGAGUUUCGGAUCAGAGGUUCAUCGAAUUGUUUGAUAUUUCUUGUCUCAAGUCCAACCCGCUCUCAUUUUCAUGCUCCGGGAAAUAGAAAUUCAAAGAGUAUUUUAAAAAGUUGCUGCUUCCUCCCGCGGUAGAUAUCCGCGAUGAAGAGAAGUCACUAGUCACCAGUCUUUAUCCUUUUUAGCUGAAGUUCAGGGCAGUUUUAUUAGAAUUUUUAACGAAAUGUUAUGCUUCCUGAGUUUUUUUUUCUCUUUUGCUUUUCCGUGUCAUUGUUGGAUACCUGGAUCUCAAAUUUAGCAAUUCAUGAAUAAAAGACUGCAUACUGCUGACUACUGCCUUGCCUUCUUAGUACAAGAUCCAGUAGCAAUUUAGCAUGUGUUGAGACCCUUGAACAUCUUGAGAACAUUAUUAAGUAUAAAUAGAUGAUUAAUUGUCAUGAAUAAAAGAAGUGCGCAUCUGGGAAUGAACAGAAGAGUUCACAUA